GCUUCCUCCUCCAGGCUCAGAGCGGGCGGCGGUCAGAGGCCGGCGGCUCCCCAGUUCCCCGCCCCCGCCCCCGCCCCCCACGGCGUCGGCACUCACGGCUGCUGGGACCUCUCCCGGGGUCUGUCCGAGGCGGCCUCCCCAGGGACCAGGUCUCUGGCCCCUCCCAAGGACCAUGCCACGGCCCCACUGACCCAGGAGUAGGGGCCUGAGGGCAGGGCACCUGGAAUGGGCUGUGUGUUCUGCAAGAAGUUGGAGCCGGGGACCAAGGAGGAUGUUGGCCUGGAAGGGGACUUCAAGGGCAGUGGGGCUAUGGACCGCUAUGGCCCUGACCCCACUCAGGCCCGGGCUGGGCCUUCCUUUGCCCAUAUCCCCAACUACAACAGCUUCCCCACUCAGUCCACCAGCGCCCCCUUCCUGGAUGGGAGCACCAUCAGGGGCAUCUCAGGGACUGGGGUGACCCUGUUCACCGCUCUGUAUGACUAUGAGGCCCGGACAGAGGACGACCUCACCUUCACCAAGGGGGAGAGGUUCCACAUCCUGAACAACACGGAGGGGGAUUGGUGGGAAGCUCGGUCUCUCAGCUCCGGACAAACUGGCUACAUUCCCAGCAACUACGUGGCCCCUGUGGACUCCAUCCAGGCUGAAGAGUGGUACUUUGGAAAGAUCGGGAGAAAGGAUGCAGAGAGGCAGCUGCUCUCCCUGGGGAACCCCCGGGGGGCCUUCCUCAUUCGUGAGAGUGAGACAACCAAAGGUGCCUACUCCCUGUCCAUCCGUGAUUGGGAUGAAGCCAGAGGCGACCAUGUGAAGCAUUACAAAAUCCGCAAGCUGGACACGGGUGGCUACUACAUCACCACGCGGGCCCAGUUCAACUCCGUGCAAGAGCUGGUGCAGCACUAUGUUGAGGUGAACGAUGGGCUAUGCCACCUGCUCACGGCGGCCUGCACCACCAUGAAGCCGCAGACAAUGGGCCUGGCCAAGGACGCCUGGGAGAUCAGCCGCAGCUCCAUCACGCUCCAGCGCCGGCUAGGCACCGGCUGCUUCGGAGACGUGUGGCUGGGCACGUGGAACGGCAGCACGAAGGUGGCAGUGAAGACGCUGAAGCCGGGAACCAUGUCCCCGAAGGCCUUCCUGGAGGAGGCGCAGGUCAUGAAACUGCUACGGCACGACAAGCUGGUGCAGCUGUACGCCGUGGUGUCCGAGGAGCCCAUCUACAUCGUGACAGAGUUCAUGUGCCACGGUAGCUUGCUGGAGUUCCUCAAGGACCGAGAGGGCCAGGAUUUGGCACUGCCCCAGUUGGUGGACAUGGCAGCCCAGGUAGCUGAGGGCAUGGCUUACAUGGAGCGAAUGAACUAUAUCCACCGCGACCUGAGGGCAGCCAACAUCCUUGUCGGGGAACGGCUGGUGUGCAAGAUCGCUGACUUCGGGCUGGCGCGUCUCAUUGAGGAUAAUGAGUACAACCCCCGGCAAGGGGCCAAGUUCCCCAUCAAGUGGACAGCCCCGGAGGCUGCUCUCUUUGGCAAAUUCACCAUCAAGUCAGAUGUGUGGUCCUUUGGGAUCCUGCUCACCGAACUCAUCAGCAAGGGCCGAGUUCCCUACCCAGGCAUGAAUAACCGGGAAGUGCUGGAACAGGUGGAACAUGGCUACCACAUGCCAUGCCCCCCGGGCUGCCCGGCAUCCCUGUACGAGGCCAUGGAGCAGACCUGGCGUCUGGACCCAGAGGAAAGGCCUACCUUCGAGUUCCUGCAGGCCUUCCUUGAGGACUACUUCACCUCCACAGAACCCCAGUACCAGCCUGGGGAUCAGACAUAGCCUGUUUAAGCAUCAGUCACCUUUCUGGGGUGCCCACUGAUCCUUCCCAAUCCCCAGGACUCUGGUCCCAAAGCCCCCAGCCUCAGAACCCUACAGGGUCCUAGCAGGUCAGAGCAGGAGGGUAGCUCUGACGCCAUCUAGGACAACACAUUCAUUUUAAGGAUGGGGUACAUCGAGGCUUAGAGAUCACCCCUCACUCUGGCCCCAAGCUCUGUUUCUCCCCUUCCAACUUAGACCCCUACCUCUAGAUUCUCUUCCCACCUCUCCGCCAAAAGAAACGCUUAGAUUUUGUCUAGUUAUUUAUAAAACUGUAUAUCCUUUCCCUCACUUACCUCCUAUCCCUGCUUUUUUACCCUGUCAUCUCACCGUGAAUUCACCUUCAACUCAAUUCUCUUGCGUCUAUAAGUUGCAAAGACAGGGAAAAUCUUUCCUGCUGGGUGGACACUGGAGUCCAGGACGGGGGUCCAAGCCCGGGGUGAGGGAGAGGCUUGCUGAGGGCUCACCUCUCCGAAUCGUGUGUGUGUUUGUUGAUUUUGUAAAUAAGAAAAGUGAUGAUAUGAA